AUGUUCUGCAACAUUGAUCUUCAACAAACCUAUUCUGGAGUUCUCGUUUUCUCUAUGUCAAUGAAGAGCCACCAUAGUUCUCUAGUAGGUUAUGGUUUGGAGAUGGAUAAGCUAGUUCUGGUUUCUGUUUUUUUAACAGGUAUUAUGCUGAACUGGUUUCGGAUAUGGAUAUGUUGGUGUUUUGAUUCUAUACUGGUGCUAAGAUUAACUGGUUUUAAGAUGGUACAGGGCAUAUUUGGACAUCAACUUGGCAUGGUUUUUGUUGACACAAGGAUGAAGAAAAUGGACAACACUACACUCAAAAAUAAUGGACUAUUAUGGAUUAAUGUAGUGCUGGAAAAAUGGGCAGCAUUGGGACUGUUUUAUAGCAAGAAUAAUAGUUGA